AUGGCGUCGCAUGAUCCAUAUGUUAUUGUUGUUGGAGCAGGACCAUCAGGUCUUCUUCUGAGCUUGCUCCUUGCUCGCAACAACGUAUCGGUCACACUGGUUGAGAAGACAUUGACGCUGGACAAGCAACCGAGAGCCACCCAUUAUGCCGGACCUGCGGUUGAGAUCCUGCAUCGCGCAGGCCUCAUGGAAGAUGUGGUCCGCCAAGGCUUCUAUCCGAACAAACUCACGUACAGGACCUUCGGAAACAAGGUGCUCGGUACUCUGGACCACACCGUAUUGCCAGAGGACCCCAACAGACUCGUCUGUCUACCACUAGAUCAGCUUGGUCGUAUCCUGCUUUCGCAUCUGGAGAAACAACCCAAUGCUGAGAUAUUGUGGGACUAUGAAGUUGUUGACAUCCGCGACGACAAUGGCCUCGGCGUCAUCACCGCGAAGACUUCGAGCGGUACCAAAGACCUCCGAGCCAAAUACGUGGUCGGGUGCGACGGCGCGAAUAGCAUAAUUAGAAGAAAACUAUUCGGCGACUGGGAAUUCCCGGGCAAGACUUGGGAUACACAGGUUGUGGCAACAAAUGUGUACUACGACUUCCACAAAUUUGGCUACGAGGACGCGAACUUUAUCGUAGACCCGGAGCACUGGUACAUGGCAUCGAGAAUCUCCAAGGACGGAGUCUGGCGCGUCAGCUAUGGUGUACCCGCUGCGCUGAGCAAAGAUGAGCUGCUUGCCGCGCAAGAAGAAAAAUGGAGAAAGAUGCUGCCUGGCAACCCCUCCCCGCAGGAUUACCGCAUCGUCAAUUUCAGCCCCUACAAAGUUCAUCAACGUCUUGCAGAAUCAAUGCGAGUGGGACCUUUCGUGCUCGCUGCAGACGCUGCUCAUCUAUGCAAUCCUUUCGGCGGCCUAGGUCUCACCGGUGGCAUCGUAGACGUGGGAGGCCUGGUAGACUGCUUGGUCGGCGUUCAUGAGGGUAAAGCCAAUGACAGCAUCCUGGACAUCUACUCCCAGGUUCGGCGCGAGAAGUACCUGCAGUUCAUUGACCCUGUGUCGAGCUCGAACUUGGUACGCAUGUACGACAGUGAUCCAGAUUCGCUGGUGGGGAGGGAUGAGUUCCUCAAAGCUAUGAACGCGGCUGGCAACGACCCUGUCAAGAUUAAGGCGCUUGUUGGUGGCAUCAACACUAUCACUCACGACUUUUCUAAGCAUUUCAAUGUCAACGGCGCGGUGGAGUCUUAG